UUUGCAGCUUCCCAGCACCAGGGGUACCUGCAUGAUGGUCUGAAGGAAGUCCAAGGAAAGAUUCGCAAAGGGUCAACAGGAAUUGUGAUAUUUGCUGGUGAUGUAUCCCCAAUAGAAGUUAUGUGUCACCUUCCUGCCGUUUGUGAAGAGAAGGACCUGCCAUACAUAUACACACCUUCCAAACAAGACCUAGGAACUGCAAUGGGACGAAAGAGAUGCUCAGUCAUGGUGCUUAUUCGAGAGCACAGUGAUUAUCAGGAUUUGUAUGAUAAAGUACUUGAAGAAAUUAACAAAGUGCCCAAAGUAUUUUAGGCUGACUUUUUGUUUGUGCUCUGCUAGAUUUGUUUUCUUUUAUAUUUUCUCUAUCUUUUAUUAUCAUCUUGGAAAGUAUUCCGAUUACUUUUGUAUACACAAAUAUUUCUUAACAUUCCUUGUCAAUGUUUAUUAAUUUUUCAGAAUUGUAGAGUUCAGUUCAAGAAUUUAUAUUUUGUUAUGAUCAGGAUUUCUUGAUAUUUUUUGUUUUAAUUUAUAUUCCCACUGUGAUGAGAACUUUUAGGAAAUAUUUGUUUGUUUUCAUAGGUACUUCAUUUUCAAGUACAUAUUUGUAUAGAAUAAGUAUUCAUAAUAAAAAGUCUUUUUAAAAUAAA